AUGGCUCCUAUAAGACUUUCUGAAACUAACGGAUUAUCUUUGAACAGCGAAUCGAAUGAGGCCAUAUUCCGAUCGGCGCCAAUGACACUAGUUCAAUUUUAUGUCACAAUUGAAUUGGCAAGAGAUAUGGUUGGAGUAUUAGGGAAAUUGGGUAAUGUCCAAUUCAGGGAUCUAAAUUCAAAGUUGACUCCUUUCCAAAGAACAUUUAUUACUGAAUUAAGAUCAAUUGAUGGGUUAGUUUCUCAAUUGGAGUUUCUUCAUUCGAUUAUGAUCAAACAGAAUACCAUAAAGAGUGAUAUUUAUGUCAAUUUACAUGCAGAUAUGAAGCCCUUGCCCACUACAUCCGAGAUUGACGAUAUCAAAACUCGAUUGAAUGAAUUUUAUGAAAGAAUUAAACACCUAGAUCAAUCAUACAACAACCUAGAUCGUAAGAGGCUAAAAUUUAUUGAAAAUAGAUGUGUGUUGAAUAGUUUGAAUGAUUUCCAUAGAUCGAACUUGGUAGGAGGUUACGAUGACCAACAUACAGAAGAAGAAGGAGAUGUUGAUGAUAAUGCAGCACUUUUAAAUGAACAAAGGAAUCAUAGUUUAGAGAUUGGAUAUGAGGUUCAUAAUUUGGAUGAUAUUUCGUUCAAUUCUUUAGCAGGAACAAUUGCUCGAGACAAAGUGCCAAUUUUAAGAAACAUAUUAUGGAGAGUUUUACGUGGAAAUUUGUAUUUCCAUGAUAUACCUCUUGAUGAAGAAUUCCCUACUACAGAGUCAUCAAUGGAAUUAGUUUAUAAAAAUGUUUUCAUUAUCUUUAUUCACGGUGAGUUUUUGCGAACUCGAGUGCGUAAGAUUAUCCAAUCUUUAGAUGGAAUAUUAUUUGAUAAUGCCACUGGGGGAUCAGAGGCUCGAAAUGAGACAUUGACAGAAAUAAAUGGUAAGAUUGAAGAUUUAAGCAAUGUUGUACAGACCACCAAAGAUCAAUUGGUGACGGAAUUGAUGAUAUUUCAGGAGCUCUACCCAGAUUAUUGUUAUAUUGUACAACGUGAAAAGCUUAUUUAUGAGACGUUGAAUAAAUUUGAUGAAGAUAGUACUAGAAGAUGUUUAGUUGGAGAAGGGUGGAUACCCACUAGUGAUUUUGAUAAAAUACGAUUAGCAUUGAGAAAUUUGAUCAGGCAAAAGACGAGACGAGAUGGGAGUGGUAACAGUGACAGAGAUUCAAACGAGAGUGUCAACAUCUCUGAAUCUAUAGCAACGGAAGCAUCGUUAUUUGCUAUUGAUGAUAGUGAUCACGAAUUGACUGGGUUCGAAAUUGAAGAAGAAGAAGAAGUAGGGUCUUUAAUUGCGGUGGUUAAUGAACUUGCUACGAAUCGAACUCCUCCAACAUUUCACAAGACAAAUAAGUUUACCGCAGCAUUUCAACUGAUCAUUGAUGCCUAUGGGAUUGCCACUUAUCAGGAAGUGAAUCCUGGUCUUGCCACAAUUAUUACUUUUCCAUUUAUGUUUUCCAUAAUGUUUGGUGAUCUUGGGCAUGGGUUCAUUGUAUUUUUAAUGGCAUUAUAUUUGAUCAAAAAUGAAGUGCGGUUUGGAGCUAUGCGGGAUCGAGAUGAAAUAUUUGAUAUGGCUUUUAGUGGAAGAUAUAUCAUAUUAUUGAUGGGGGUGUUUUCCAUGUAUACUGGGUUGAUUUAUAAUGAUGUUUUUUCCAAAUCAAUGGCGAUUUUUUCCUCCGGCUGGAAAUAUGUAAUUCCCGAGAAUUAUGAUUCCAAGAAGGGUGCCACAUUGGUUGCCGAGAGAAUUACUGGUAAGGUUUAUCCAUUUGGAUUGGACUGGGCUUGGCAUGGUACUGAAAAUAAUCUUUUAUUCACCAAUUCGUACAAAAUGAAAUUAUCAGUCUUGAUGGGGUACACCCAUAUGAAUUAUUCGUUGAUGUUUAGUUUGGUCAAUUACUUAUUCUUCAAAAGUCGAGUAGACAUUAUUGGUAACUUCAUUCCUGGGUUUUUGUUUAUGCAAAGUAUAUUUGGAUAUUUGGCAUUGACAAUUGUUUAUAAAUGGUCAGUUGAUUGGUUUGGAAGUAAUAGACAGCCACCUGGUUUGUUGAACAUGUUAAUCAAUAUGUUUUUGUCGCCUGGCACUAUUGAAGAGCCGUUGUAUGCUGGACAAAAGUAUAUUCAAGUGUUUUUGGUAUUAGUGGCAGCAGUUUGUGUGCCUUGGUUGUUGAUUUACAAGCCGUUGGUGUUGAAGAAACAGAACGAUCGAGCUAUACAAUUAGGGUAUAGCGAUUUACGUUCCCAACGUCAGCAUUCUUUGCAACUACACGAAGAAGAACGAGCUCUUGCGAUGCACGAUCAAGAAUUGAAUCAUGACGCUCCAGAUGAUUCGUUUGAAUUGUUAGGUGGCAGUGACGAGGAAGAACAAGAGUUUAGAUUCCCUAACGAUGUUGAGCCAAUGUUCCCCUCUGCUGGUGGUGGUGGUCAUGGUGGCGGUGAUGAUGAAGAGGGGUUUAAUUUCGGGGAUAUUGUUAUUCACCAAGUGAUUCAUACAAUUGAGUUUUGUUUGAACUGUGUUAGUCAUACUGCCUCGUAUUUAAGAUUAUGGGCUCUUUCUUUGGCUCACGCACAAUUAUCGACCGUAUUGUGGUCAAUGACUAUACAGAAUGCGUUUGGCAAGACCGGAACUGUAGGUGUAAUCAUGACAGUGGUGUUAUUUGCUAUGUGGUUCCUGUUGACGGUGUGUAUAUUGGUCUUUAUGGAAGGUACAUCAGCCAUGCUUCAUUCAUUAAGAUUGCAUUGGGUUGAAGCAAUGUCAAAGUUUUUCCAAGGUGAAGGCUAUGCCUACGAACCAUUUACAUUUAAAUCUAUAGAUAUAUAA